UGCUCCCCAGGGCUGCAGUGGCUUCCCAGGACUGAGCUCCGCGGAUUGGCCCGGAGCACCCCACUCUCCUCCCUCCCUGCCCUCCUCCUUCAGCACCCACAACCCACGGAGAUUGGACAGCCGGGUGCCACAUGGCAGAGGGGAGUCAGGAUACAAAACGAGCUGGACCUGGGGACUGCAGCGGCAGAACAGCCGGGAGAAGUUUGCAGGGAGGUGGAACCGAACUUCCCCGCCUGCCACGAGCCGGUGCCGGGGAGGACAGACAGAGGGGCUGCGGCCAUCCAGGGAGCCCUUUGAGGCGAGCACCAGCGGCGGAGCAUCCUGUCCCCUCUGCGCUAUGUCCCUGGUGGUGAAGGAAAAGAACCACGUGCGGUUGGUCUUCUUGGGCGCUGCCGGCGUGGGCAAGACAGCCCUCAUCCGCCGCUUCCUGAUGGACACCUUCGAGCCCAAGCACCGGCGCACGGUGGAGGAGCUGCACAGCAAGGAGUACGAGGUGAGCGGGGCCACGGUCAAGGUGGAAAUCCUGGACACCAGUGGCAGCUACUCCUUCCCGGCCAUGAGGAAGCUCUCGAUCCAGAACAGCGAUGCCUUCGCCCUGGUCUACGCCGUAGAUGACGCCGAGUCCUUUGAGAGCGUCAAGAGCUUGCGGGAGGAGAUCCUGGAGGUGAAGGAAGACAAAUUCCCUCCCAUCGUGGUGGUCGGCAACAAGGCGGAGAGCGGCAGCGAGCGGCAGGUGCCGGUGGAGGAUGCUCUGUCGCUGGUGGAGCUGGACUGGAACAGCCGCUUCGUGGAGACGUCGGCCAAGGACAACGAGAACGUGCUGGAGGUGUUCAGGGAGCUGCUGCAGCAAGCCAACCUGCCCGCCCGGCUCAGCCCCGCGCUCUGCAAGAGGAGGGAGACGCUGCCCAAGGAGCAGGCGCUGAGGCCUCCCAUGAACAAGACCAACAGCUGCUCCGUGUGCUGAGCCGCCCGCCCCGCGCCCGCAGGCAGCAGAACCGGCUGGAAUCUCAGGUGGGCUGGGAGGGGAGAGGAGCUGCCCCGGCCAGAACCAACCCUGCUGCCUCCAACCUCUCCCCUCCUCAUCCCCACCCUGCCCAGGGGGACCGGGGAGAGCUGGAGAUGAGCAGGAGGAGGGACUUGGAAGGGAUGCUGGAUGCUGAGGGAGUGCGGGGAGAGGGUGAGGUCCUCAAGAGGCAGGAGGGGUACCUGGGAAACAGGCAGACAAGCAGCGGGGCUGUGUCUGUGCCCAUCAAAAGGCAGAUGUGGGCAUCGUGCGGCUGCCUCGCACCCGCUGCUGCCACUCUCCUGGGUCUCCUGUGGGGCUGUGUCACCUCACCCCAAGCACUCCAUGGGCAGCCUCCUGGCACGGCUGGCAACAGGUCUGGUGUCCAAAGUGGUUCUGGGUUUGUACCUGGGGGUAGAGCAUGUGAUAGGGCAGUCUGUGCACCUCUUGAA